ACUAUCCAUUUUCAUUCAAUGCGUCCGCGCCGCGCGCCUCCAUUCCUCUCGAUUCCCUCCCUCCUUCCUUGUUCGAGGACCUCCGCGACCGUGGCCGAGGGAUUGAGGACGGAAAGCGAAAAUGAUGCUGACGCGGGCGUCGAUGGGGGUGAUGGAUGCGGCGGCGGUGGACGAGGUGGUGCGUCGCCUCGUCGAGGGCGGCCGCGGGGGCCGGCAGGUGCAGAUGUCCGAGGCCGAGAUCCGCCAGCUCUGCGUCGAGGCCAAACAGGUGCUGCUUUCGCAGCCCAACCUCCUCCGCAUCCACGCGCCCGUCAAGAUCUGCGGUGAUAUCCAUGGACAAUUUGUUGAUCUCUUGAGGCUCUUUGAUUUGGGUGGUUAUCCUCCAACUUCAACUUAUAUUUUCCUUGGAGACUAUGUGGAUAGAGGCAAACAAAGCUUAGAAACCAUAUGUCUGCUUCUGGCAUACAAGUUGAAGUACCCUGAUAAUAUAUACCUUUUAAGGGGAAACCAUGAAGAUGCAAAAAUUAACAGAGUUUAUGGUUUCUAUGAUGAAUGUAAAAGGAGAUUCAAUGUUCGACUAUGGAAGAUAUUCUGUGAUUGCUUCAACUGCUUGCCUAUGGCAGCACUUAUUGAUGACAAAAUAUUAUGCAUGCAUGGUGGCCUCUCACCUGAAUUGACUAGCUUGGAUCAAAUAAAAGAUAUUGAGAGGCCUACCGAAAUUCCAGACUAUGGUCUUCUGUGCGAUCUCCUUUGGUCUGAUCCCAGUCAUGAUACAGAAGGUUGGGGGGAGAGUGAUAGAGGUGUUUCUUGCACUUUUGGCGCAGAUAAGCUUGUUGAAUUUUUGGAGAAGAAUGAUCUUGACCUUGUGUGCAGAGCUCAUCAGGUGGUAGAAGAUGGCUACGAGUUCUUUGCAGAGAGAAGACUAGUGACCAUCUUUUCAGCUCCAAACUACUGUGGCGAAUUUGAUAAUGCAGGUGCUCUAUUGAGCAUAGAUGAAAGCUUGAUGUGUUCUUUUCAGAUCUUGAAACCAAAUGAAACAGGUGCACCACAUUCAAGGAAACCUCUUCCAAGCAAGGCACCAAAAGGAGAGAACGUCUAAUUUGUAUCCAGUGACCUAAUCACAAUCGAUGUCAGCUCGAAGGGGGCGAUCUCGUUGUCUCGGAUCCACCAGGGCAUGGCAUUAGCGUUCUACACUUGCUGAAUUUGUGUGGACUCAAUCGGCAGCGCUUACAUUCUUCUGUACAGCAGCAGUGUUUCUAACUUGGCAUAUCGUCCGUUCUGAUAGUGACAUUGCCACAGCUGCAAUAUUUUAGUCGGGUGGACAAGGCAUUUUGUUGGGUACAGUAGCUGUUGUUUUGUUAGCCUUUUUUUGGUAAUGUUUGUUUGGUUGAUUGAACGCUGUGAGUUUUGUUUGCCGCGUAUCUUCGUCAGGCUCGGGUAUUUACAUC